AUACUUUGUCAAUUGCCAAGGACUCGUGGGGACUCUAUGAUACUGUAGCUCGUCCUGCUAGUCACGGGUCAAGGGACUUUGUAUCCCAUGCAAAGCCUCAACUUCUCAACCCCCUCGUUACUUUACUCGAUAAAAUUACAACACCUUCCUCCUUGGAAACCAUACCCCCACGACAUCUUCAUAAUUCCGAUUCCACGUGCCAAGAAGAUUGUCCUCCAUCGCCUAACGGCGCAUUAUCUGCAUUGUUGCAUUCAAAAUGUCGCAAGUCUGCAGAUUCUACCAGCGGGGCCACUGUAAAUUUGGUUCCAACUGCAAUUUCCUACACCCAGGUGCCAUUACCUCGGCCCCUAACGCUUUUGGUGGAGCUCGCAAUAGUUUCGGUGGUGGAGGCAUUCAAACAAAGCUGACCGACGGGUUUACUAUCCCCAGCGCGGAUACGAUUAGAUUAGAUCUGAGCGAACGGCCUACCUGGUGCCUAUCAAGCUAUGCCCCCAGCAAGGAUUCGCCAGCUCAGCUGAUCGAUGGGAAAGAUAUCUCCCCAGAAGAAGCGCGCGUUAUGGCAUACAGGUUGCGAGCCGAGGGGAUUCCUCAGGCAUAUGAGGUGGAAUGGAAUAGAUUGACGAGUGAAGUGUCGUCACAGAUCAGAAAUAUACUCGAUAAUAUUCCAGGCGCUAUUGAAUUUCUCAAGAAUGCCCAGGGCGCGCCAUCUCGAUACAACUCAGCUCGGGCUUCCAGCCAGCAGCAGACUUCGCCAUUUGGUGAUCAGAAUUCACAGCAGGGUAUUGGUGCUAGCUCGAGUUCAGCUCAGACACCAUCAUCAUCACCUUUUGGUCAAGUUCAGCAACCUCGGUCUGCUUCGGGCUUCACCUCCGCAUUUUCCACGCCUACUCCUUUUGGAGCCCGACCCACCCCAGCGUUUGGCCAAAGCCCAUUCGGGCAGCAGGUAGCGCAGCAAACCGCACAACAGCCGGCAGCGUCGGCGUCGGCGGCACCGGUAUUUGGGCAGCCGGCUUUUGGGACCCCAUCGCAGCCUCAGAGUGCAUUUGGCAGACCAGCUUUUGGGCAACCAGCCUUUGGACAACCAGCUUUUGGUCAGUCCUCGUCAUUGGGAUCGCAGCCUUCACCCUUUGCCGCGGCAGCCUCAAACGCUGCUCCGGCUCCGCCGUCGGCUUUUGGUCAGCCGGCAUUCGGGGUGUCUAGUGGGCCAAAACCGGCAUUUGGCCAACCAGCGUUUGGAAAGUCUGCCUUCUCUCAAGCCCAGUCGUCGCCUUUUGCAGCUGCUGCAACUAGUCCAUUUGUUCAAGCUGCUGGAUCAUCCACCACUCCAUUCACUCAAGUUCCCCCUACAUCGUCAUUCGGCCAAUCCUCACAAUCUCAGACUGCCUCUCCUGCGAACCCAUUCGGAUCGCCACCUCAACAAGGCGCUGCGAACCCAUUCCAACAAACUCAGGCAGCCCAAGCCAGUCCAUCGCCAUUCUCAAGCACAAAUCCCUUCCAACAAAGUCAGCAGCAGCAACAAGCUACAAGCACUCCCUUCUCACAAGCUACCCAGGGACCAGCCCAAGCUCCCACCUCGCCGUUCGGCCAACCAACCCAACCCGUAAACUCCUUCGGCUCACCAGCCCCGCAGUCAUCACCCUUCAGUACACAAAACCCUUUCCAGGGUGCCCAGCAGGGGCAAGCUUCUUCUUCCGCUUUGCGGACACACGAGAUGAACCCCCAACUUCGCGAGCAGCAAAAGACUAAGAAGUGGGAUGAUCCGGUUAUUGAAUACACGCCCGAGGAGCAGGCUAUGUUUUCUGCGGGUUCGUUUGUGCUUGGGCAGGUACCCACGGUCGCGCCUAGCCGCAAUAUGUGUUGGGGGUGAAAAGUUUUCUCCCCGGGUCAUGUUUUUUUCUCUUAGUAUCUUCCUUUUUGUUUUUAUUCAGCGUGUUACGGUUAACGUUCCUUUUUCUAAUAUCAGUUAGCGGAGGGGAGGUUUGUUGGGAGGUUUGCUAGGAGGUUCAAGCUGUUGGUUUUAUGUGAAAUGCUCUAGAAUAUUUGAUCAUUUGGUGCUGCUGAAUCGUAGAAAUAUAAUCACAAUCCCAUUCAGGAA